AUGACCACCACAGCUACAAACAACGCCCUCCGCUUCGACCCGGAGUAUCUGGCCGUCGUCUCCGACAGGGAUGCCGGCGGCGAAGGCCCAGCACCCUUCAAAGACGUCCAUGAGCUCCGCGCCUGGUCCGAGCCUACAUUGCGCAGCGUCCUCAAAGCCCAGCCGUGGCCGGAGAACGUCCUCGAGACCAGGAUACCAUUCAAGUCCCACGACGGGCAGAAUAUCGACUUGGUUCGCUUCGCAACGCAGGAGAUGGCAGACGCGCCAGAGCCGCAGGGUGCCGUCGUGUACGUGCAUGGGGGCGGCUUCGUGACAUGCGACGUCGACAUCUUUGCGCCGCAGGUCAAGCGGUUCGUCGAGAUGAUCGGGCUGCCGUUCUUUGCGGUCGACUACCGCCUCGCGCCCGAAUUCCCGGACGGGCUGGGCGCCGAGGACGUGUACUUUGGGCUGAGGCACCUCUCGGAUCACGCGGGAGAGUGGAACGUCGACCCUGCCAACAUUGUUAUCAUGGGUGACUCUGCAGGAGCUGGCAUCGCAGCAGGGGUGGUGUUGAUUGCGCGCGAUCGUGGGCUGAGCCCGGGGUUGAGGAAGCAGAUUCUGGUGUACCCGAUGCUCGACGACCGGACCAGCGUUCCCGAGACCGCGGGGCACUACAGGUUUCUCGCGUGGAACACGAACGAUAACCGGCUCGCGUGGGGUGCCGUACUCGGUGCCAAGGCGGGAGAUCCGGCGGCGAAGGUGUCGCUGUACGCAGCGCCUGGAAGGGCGGGUGUUGAGGAUUUGAGGGGGCUGCCGCCUACGUACAUCGAUGUUGGCGGGCUUGACCUGUUCAGGGAUGAGUGUAUUGAGUACGCGGCCAAGCUGAGCAAGGCGGACGUGGAGGUUGAGUUUCACAUGUGGCCGGGACUGCCGCAUGGAUUCGAGAGUGCUCCCGGGAUUCGGUGGGUUGAGAGGGCUUUGGAGGCGAGAAAUGAAGCCAUCAAGAGGCUUUAG